AUGGAGUCUGGAGAGCGGCUGGCCUCCCCUGCGCCCACCCUGUCUGCUGCGCGCACCUCCUCCCCCGCGGCCUCUUCCUCCUCAUCCUCCUCUUCCUCCUCCUCGUCUCCCGCGCCCCACUCCAAAGGCGGCCUGGCCCCGAGCCCCUCCACUUUGGGGUCCACGCUUAGUAACUCUGGCCGUCUGUUUGGUGCCGCAGGAGAGCAGCCCUUUAUUGGCUCCACAUUGUCAAGUGCCUUUCCUCUGGUCAACCACCCAGCCUUCGGGGCCCUCUAUAGCGCUGGAGUGGGCAGGCCGGAGUUCGGAGGCCUUGGCUCCCUCGGUAUGUCAGCUGCUCUGGCCACACACCCCCAGCCCGGAGCCCUGUCUGAGUGGUGGCGAGCCGCCGAAGCCCACGGACGAGGAGCUGCUGCCUUUCUCCCUUCUUUCAUUGGGUUCCCGCCGUUCUUCACCCCCCAUAUUCAGCCUAACCACAGCGCCAGUCCGGUUCAGAUUCGAAUGCCCAGCAAGAAUGUCCCUGACCCACCUAAAGGGGUGAACGGGGCGGUAAAUGGCAGCAGUAUCUGUCCGCCCCCAACGCAACCAAGGAGCUUUUCUGCAAGUCCAACCCCUGGCCAAGCAUCGACCAAUCUAACCAAAAAAUCUGAGCCCACUAGUAGUCCCUGUCAAAACAGCCCAGCUAAGAUGAUGGAAAAACCUGUUUCUAAAACUAAAGAGAGGAGACAACGAAAGAAGGCAGCAGAGACCUCCGGAGUGAGCAACAGCGAAACGGGCACAUCUUCAGACAGCUCGAGCGACGGCUCCCUCAGCAGUGAUUUGGAGGACCUCGCCGAGGACGACGAAGAGGACGAUGACGAAGACGAAGAUGAGGAGGAAGACAAACAGAGCAUCUUGUCAGACUCUGAGAAACAAAUAAAAAAGAAAUCAAAGGUUCUGACAGCAAUCACUGGAAAGGCAGACUCCGGGGUCCUCACUACAGAAGCCCAUAACAACCACAUCCAGACAGUCCCUUCCAAUCCCCCGAGCCUCAUCCCCAUAGCCCGCUCCGUGUCCCCCCCGGUUCUGUCCCAAACCUCACCGUUGGCGAUACACUCUUCUAGAUCCCGACCGGAACAACACUUCAGUGUGAUCCAGUCAACCGGUCUGGCCGCCAACUCCAAACCCCUGGCGCUGCUGGGCCAGCCCUACCAGGAGUCCUCGCCGUCUUCAUCCCCUGCCGCUCGCAGCCGCUCCCCAAACUCGCUGUUUGUUUCCACGUCCCCAAAGCGUCCCAAAUUGCUGCCCGCCUCGUCUUCAUCCCCCCAGCACCUUCCCCUGUCCCUGUCCUCCUCUCCGAAACCUGUUUCAGUACCCUCGUCGCCACGCUCGGCCUUCCCGCCGUGUACCUCCCCGAAAGAUUUCACCUUGACCUCAUCUGUGACAACCCCCCACAAGUCCUUGCUUAAACCACCUCAGUACGCCACGGCGGGUGGCGCCAAAGUUAACAAUAGGAGGAAACUGCUGGAAGACUCACUUGCACAGAUCAAUGAGUUUAGACUGAAACAGACUCUCAUAUCCCAAGGGCAGAAGUUCCCAGCCGAGCUAAGGAAGCCGGGGCCCAACAAGUCUCCCAAGGGGAAGUCUCUGUCUUCUUCGCCGCUGCCACCCGCUUUGCCUCCUCCUCCCCAGAACAAUCACUCCAACCUCUUCCUCUCAAGCGCCCUGCUCGGGCUUCCCGAACCCAACCGCCCCAACGGAGUCAUCCAAAGCACCACUCAGGACGCACCUUUGGCCCUCAUCACCAAACCUCGUAAAAACUCCGCCUCGCAAGGCAAGUCACCACAGUGCGACUCUGACAGCGGGUCCAUGCCCGUCAAUCUCAGCACGGGGGCGAGCAGGACCCAAACCAGCGCCCCGGCCGGGCUUCCGUCGCUGCCGCCUACUACCUCACCUCACGCUGCCGGCUUCGGGUCCAGAAAGAGCAAGACCCCAAAGGGGAAGGCGCAGACGCCGGGACUCGCGCAAGGACAGACUGGGCCUUUGGCGGGCUGGAAAGGCUUUUCACAGAACCAUUUGGUACAGUCUUUAGUGGAUUUGUUCCGUGGAGGAGAAUCCGGGAUGGGUAUCCCAGGUGUCGGCAUUCCUGGUGUUGGGAUUCCUGGUGUGGGGAUCCCCGGAAAUUGCAACCCUGCGGCCGGUCUCCCCGCCAAUAAGGAAUCUGACGACUCGGGCGAUGAUGACGAGGAUGAAGAUGACGACCUAGAAGAGGAGGAGGAAGAGGAUGAUGACUCUGAUGACAGCUUGUCAGAGUCAGAUAGCAACUCUGACAGCGACAUCUCCGGGAAGAAAGCGAAGGAGUCCAAGUCGCAAUCGUCCGGCUCGUCAAAGAAGGAAACUCCCCGUAGGCUAACCAAAGGCCCCGAACUACUGAACACCUCAGCCAAUCACACGGCCACCAGCUGCUCUCCCCUCAACCUCCAGGUCAUCAAGACGCCCGCUAUCGUCACCAGCUCCAGUGCCUUGGCCUUUCACAGCUCUCCUGGCUCCUCCUCCUACAGCCUAGCCUCUCCAUUAGGUUUAGGAAAGCGGAAGCGGGUGGAUGAAAAGGAUUUGAUGACGCCUCUGGAGUUAGGGUGGCGGAGAGAAACAAGAAUCAAAAACGUGUCCGGGCGGCCUCAAGGAGAGGUCGCCUACUACGCACCAUGUGGCAAGAAACUGAGGCAAUACCCAGACGUGGUGAAGUAUCUAUCCAGAAAUGGAAUAAGUGGCCUCACGCGUGAUAAUUUUAGCUUCAGUGCAAAGAUCAGGGUUGGUGACUUCUAUGAAGCCAGAGAAGGACCCCAGGGUUUACAGUGGAACUUGUUGAAGGAAGAGGAAGUCAUUCCUCACAUUUUGGCAAUGGAAGGCCGGAGGGGUCGUCCUCCAAAUUCAGAACGGCAGUUAGCGGGCGACGUGGCCAAAGCCAACCGGCGGAGGAAAGGGCGGCCCCCGAAUGUGGGCGACCCCUUGGUACCUGAAGGGCCAAGUCCCAGUGAGGUCAAACUUUUGCGCAAAUUAGAGGCUCAAGAAAUAGCCCGACAAGCAGCUCAAAUGAAACUGAUGAGAAAACUAGAAAAGCAGGCACUGGCGCGUGCUGCCAAAGAAGCUCGCAAACAACAAGCUAUCAUGGCGGCAGAGGAGAGAAGGAAGCAAAAAGAGCAGAUCAAGAUUCUCAAGCAACAGGAAAAGAUCAAGCGUAUUCAGCAGAUCCGAAUGGAGAAAGAACUCAGGGCACAGCAAAUAUUGGAGGCGAAGCGGAGAAAGAAGGAAGAGGCCGCCAAUGCCAAAAUAUUGGAGGCUGAAAAGCGGAUAAAGGAGAAAGAGCUGAGGAGACAGCAAGCGGAGAUCUUGAAGCACCAGGAGUUGGAGAGGCAUAGACUAGAUAUGGUAUGGGAGAGAGAAAGGAGGAGGCAGCAUGUAAUGCUGAUGAAGGCUGUUGAGGCUCGCAAGAAAGCAGAGGAGCGCGAGCGCUUACGGCAGGAAAAACGGGACGAGAAGCGUCUGAACAAAGAGCGCAAGUUGGAGCAACGCAGACUUGAGCUGGAGAUUGCAAGAGAACUCAAGAAGCCAAAUGAAGAUAUGUGCCUCUCCGAUCAGAAGGCUCUCCCUGAGUUCUCCAGAAUCCCAGGGCUGAUCCUUCCAGGCCGCGCAGUGUCGGACUGCCUGAUGCUAAUGCAAUUCUUGCGAGGCUUCGGAAAGGUUUUGGGCCUGGACUUGAAUGCCGACGUGCCAACGCUGGGUAUGCUACAGGAAGGCUUGCUAAAUGUGGGUGACAGCAUGGGUCAGGUCCAAGAUCUUCUGGUCAAACUGCUCUCUUUGGCAGUCUGUGAUCCUGGUUUGCCUCCUGGACAUAAGACAAAGACCAUGCUGGGAGACCAUCUGACCAACGUGGGCAUUAACAGGGAUAAUGUGUCUGAGGUGCUCCAGAUGUACAUGGGGGCCCACUGUGCCAAUAGCGAUCUGGCCCCUCUGGCCCUCAGUCUGAAGACCAAGGCUUUCCAAGCCCACACGCCUUCCCAGAAGGCCUCCAUUUUGGGAUUCCUUUCCAAUGAGCUAGCUUGCAGUAAAGUGGUAAUCAGCGAAAUUGAUAAAAACCUGGAUCAAAUGGCCAACAUGAGAAAAGAUAAAAUUAUCAUGGAAGGAAAACUCAAGAAAUUGAGGACCAUUUACGCCAAACGCACUGGAAAACGGGAAGCCAGUGUGGGCGUGGAGGAGAACCAGUCUGUCGGUACACCGUCUUCGGCCGUCAAGCGCAAAAGAAAACUUGGCGGCGACAGUGACGAGGAUGACGAGGACGACGACGACAGCGAUGAUCCAGCCGACGAGGACGAAGACGAGGAUGAAGAUGACCUGAAGAAGGUUAAAAAAGUGGAAACGUAUGAUGAGGAUGAAGUUGACCAGGCAACAAGUUUGGAGGAGCUAGAAAAGCAGAUAGAGAAGUUAGCUAAGCAACACCACCAAACUAGAAGAAAGCUAUUUGAAAUAUCCCAUUCACUGCGCUCGAUGAUGUAUGGCCAAGAUCGUUAUCGCCGUCGAUACUGGGUUCUGCCCCACUGUGGAGGUGUCUUCAUUGAAGCCAUGGAGAGUGGAGAAGGUCCAGAGGAACUGGAGGAGGAGCGACAGCGGCGGCAAAGAGCAGCUGAGGAAGUCAAGGUCAAAGAGGAACCUCAGGAGAUUGAACUGGAGAAGGACAAGCCCGCCUCACUUUCUGUCCUCCCACAUGGCUUGGAACAACAGAAGGAAGAAGAGAACGAGCAUGAGGAAAGGAAGGACUCGCCGACUCACUUUUACCAACAUUGUUCCAACCUUCCCAGAGAAUCGUUGAAAACUGAGAACCAGGAGAGUCCUCACGCCGAACAGAAUGGCAACCGCACGUGUUCUCCCGUUGCCACAAGUAACGCCACGUCCUAUUCGCCCCAUCGCAAUACCACCGAGCAGGCGGUGGCCAAAACUGCUGUGAUUAUCGGUCACAACGCUUCAAAUAUCCCCGGCCCGGUCUGCCCGCCACCCUCGCGUGAAAGCCCGGGGGACACUCCUCCUUCUUCUUCUCCAACUCCUUCGCAACAAUUGUCCCUCCAGCCCAACGACCAGCUGCUUCGGGUUCUGACCGAGAGGAGCGGGCACUGGUUCAGCCUGCUCCCUCGCAACCCUUGCGACCUCUCAUCGCUAACUACAACCCCACCGGGGGCGCUGGAUGCAACACCCCAGGCGUCUUCCACACCUAGCAAACCCAGAUCUCCUCCGGCGUCACCUGCCCUUCCUCUCACACCUUCGGCGGCGUCUGCCUCGGUCAGUCCACACCACCCGGCGAGCCUUCUCAAUUACCCUCUCUCGGCACUGCAGGCAAAGUCGGGCGUUUCGUUACUCGGAGUGUCUUUGGGGAGCUGGUCGAGUGGCAUGAUAAGUCCCAGCUUGCCUUUGUGCAGCAGCCCCAGCCCUAUGCUGGCUCACUCGGUGGAGGGCAACACUGCGGCAAGCGUGUCUAGUAAAAGUGAGUCGCCUGUGCCACGCAUUGAGAAGAAUUCAUUUGUGCCCUCUCCUCCUGCCAUGGAAAUCCCCAAGUCUCUGGAUCACCACACACCCCGGCCUAUCCCAGAAGACAUGUUGACCGGUUGGUGGCGUAUAUCCGACAUCGAGGAGCUUCGAGCGCUAGUCGUCGCCCUUCACAGUCGAGGUAUCAGGGAGAAAGGCCUCCAAAGGCAGGUGCAAAAAUACAUCGAGAUCAUCCCCCAAGUCUGCGUUAAACACAAGGAUGUGGCCAUGAUCGAGCUUCGGGAGCUGGAGGAGAGCCAAGUCAGCGUGGAGUCUGUACGAGGCUGGUGUGUGGAAGAGCAGGCCAUGGAGAUGGACAUCGCUGUGCUUCAGCAGGUGGAGGAGCUCGAGAGGAAGGUUUCUGCUGCCAGCUUGCAGGUCAAGGGCUGGACCCAUCCGGAUCCUCAAUCGGAGAGGGAAGAUCUGGUGUAUUACGAGCACAAGCCCCCCACCAGAUCGGGCCCUUCGUCCUCAUCGUCUAACGGGGGCGACAAGGAUCAUCACGAGGAGCGGGGGGAGAAGGGCGGGGUGAUGCGUCACCCAGACAACCCUCUGGACAUAGCAGUGACCCGUCUGGCUAAUCUGGAGCGCAACAUCGAGAGAAGGUACCUGAGGAGCCCCUUAGGUACCACCAUUCAGAUCAGGCUGGAUAAUGUGGGUACGGUCACUGUCCCUGCCCCCGCACCAUCCACUAGUGCUGACAGGGAAGGUGGUGAAGAGGAGGUGGCCCAUGGAAUGAAAGUGUGGCGGAAGGCCUUGACGGAAGUACGCAGUGCUGCGCAGCUGGCAAUGUGUAUUCAGCAGCUCCAGAAGUCCAUCGCUUGGGAGCGCUCUAUCAUGAAAGUGUACUGUCAGAUAUGCAGAAAGGGGGACAAUGAGGACCUCCUGCUAUUAUGUGAUGGCUGUGACAAAGGUUGCCACACUUACUGUCACAAACCCAAAAUCACCAGCAUCCCAGAGGGAGACUGGUACUGCCCGGCUUGCAUAACUAAGGCAAGUGGACCCACUCCCAAAAGCAAGAAACCUCCAUGCAAACCAGUAGCAUCCACUGUGGGCACUAGCAAGAAAGGCGGCGAUGCCAAGAAGAACGGCAAGCACGCCGGGAACGGCGACAUGUCUGAAGACGACCCGCCCAGUGCUGGCAGCACGCCCAAGAAAAGCUCAAAAGACAACGCCCGGAAUAAGAAAAGCGAGGACUUCUCCAGUGCUACACCAGGAUCCAAUCAGGAGAGUCCUGCUUGUGUCAAAAAAGCCAAGACUGCUCGAGACAACAACAGGGAUUUGGGUUUAUGCAGGGUUCUCCUUGCUGAGCUGGAGCGACAUCAGGAUGCCUGGCCUUUCCUCACGCCAGUCAACCUCAAAUCAGUCCCUGGCUAUAAAAAGGUCAUCAAAAAACCCAUGGAUUUCUCCACCAUACGUGAGAAGCUCGUGAGCAGCCAGUAUCAAAACUUGGAGACUUUCAUCAUCGACGUGAAUUUGGUAUUCGACAACUGCGAAAAGUUCAACGAGGACAAUUCUGACAUCGGUCGAGCCGGUCACAACAUGAGGAAGUUCUUUGAGAAGCGUUGGACUGAGCUUCUGAAACAAACAAACUAA